AUGCCCGGAAUUGCUAAAUUACACUUGGAUGAUUCGCUGGAAGACGGUCCCCAGACCAGAGGAUUACUGAACCUAUUUGAGAAAGAUGCUGCUUCUCUCAAGAAAUACACUGUUGGUUUACAUAAUUGUUGCCAAAGAAUAUUAUCUGCCCAGAAUGAACUAUGUGCUGCCACUCAAAGUCUUGCACAGCAGUUGCGAUCAUAUGAACUUCAGAAAUUUCCGUUAGAACCUGAGGAUAGCAUUUUAACAUCGACACUAAAACAGUUUGCUACUUACUUGGAUGAUGUGAGUUCAGUCCAGCAAGUCUUAGCAGCUCAGUACUCAGAAACAAUGAUGUUCCCAUUGUCCAAGUUUCUUCAAAAUGACAUUGAAGAGGUUAGCACAAUGUUUGAAAUGUUCCAGAUUGCUACAGAUGAACAUGAACAAGCAAUGGGAAAGUACAUGAAACUGUCAAAGAAAAAAGAAAACGAUCGUUUGCGCCGUGAAGUUAAUGAAGAACUUUAUACAUCAAGGAAAAAAUUUCAUCAGACAGCCCUGCAUUAUUACUCCUCUCUGAAUGCCUUGCAGUACAAGCGAAAAUGUUUUUUGCUUGAACCAAUCCUUGGCUAUAUGCAUGCACAGAGAGCAUUUUUCCAGAUGGGACAGGAAUCAGUUGGCAAACGAGAAAUAGAGGAUUUCCUUAGUAACAUAGCAACCAGUGUCCAGGGUGUCCAGCAGGAACUUAACCAAGAGACACAGAAGACUGUGGAACUGAUUGACACAUUAGAGAGCCAAAGUAGCCACUUGUACCAUCCUGAGCCUCUUAUUGAAAUGCCAUAUAUUCCUCCAAAUACAGCCUUGGUUUGUAAAGCUGGCUAUCUCUUUAUGAGAAGCAAACAGUCUUUGAUAGCCACAAAAUGGGAAAGAAGUUAUUUCUUUACCCAGGGAGGAAAUCUUAUGUGUCAGACUAAAGAUGAGGUUGCUGGAAGCCUUGUAUUGGAUUUGAAUGAUGAUGGAUUAGUUGCUGAAAUUACUGAUAUUGAUGAUAGAAGAUUUGUUGAAUGUAUAUUAUUCAUCUUUCUCUCUGUUUCUUUCCUUUUUUUUUCUCUCUCCCUCACUUUCCUUUUUCUCUACCUUUCUCUUUCUUUUUUUUUUCUCUUUGUUUUUUUUUUUUCUUUCUUUCUUUUUUCUCUUUUCUUUCCUUUGUUUUCUUUCUUUUCUUUUUCUUUUUUUCUCUUUUUCUUUCUUUCUUUUUCUUUCUUUUCUCUUUUUCUUUUUUCUUUUCUCUUUUUUCUUUUUUCUUUUUUUUUUUUUUUUUUUUCUUUUCCUUCUUUUCUUUUUUCCUUCUUUUCUUUUUUCUUUCCUUUCUCUUUUUCUCUUUCCUUCUUUAUUCUGUUUCUUUUCUUCCUUUCUCUCUCUCUCUUUCCAUCCUUCCUUUCUCUCUCUCUCUUUUCCUUCCUUCCUUCCUUUCUCUCUCUCUUUCCUUCCUUCCUUUCUCUCUCUCUCUUUCCUUCCUUCCUUUCUCUCUCUCUCUUUCCUUCCUUCCUUUCUCUCUCUCUCUUCCUUCCUUCCUUUCUCUCUCUCUCUUCCUUCCUUUCUUUUUCUCUCUCUUCCCUUCCUUCCUUCCUUUCUUUUCUCUCUCUCCCCCUUCCUUUCUCUCUUUCUUCCUCUCUCUCUCUCCCACUUCCUCUCUCUCCCUUCCUUUCUCUCUCUCCCUUCCUUUCUCUCUCUCUUUCCUUCCAUCCUCUCUCUCUCUCCUUCCUAUUGUCUUUUUCUUUCUUUCCUUCUCUUUCUAUCACUUUCCUUCUCUAUCUCCUCCUUUCUUCCCCCUUUUUCUUCCUUCUUCCUUUCUCUCUCUUUCUUUCCUUGUUUGCUUCUUUUCUUUCUUUCUUUCUUAUAUUUUUAUGUGUUUAUCUACAAGCUGAAAAUGAGCGGGAAAGAGAUGAGUGGAUUUCUACUGUAAACAACAUUGUACGGAGUGGCAAAACGAACAAAGUUAAAACUACAGAGACGGCCAGCAAGAAGAGCAAGGAAAGAGCAUCAAGUGUCAGCAGUAACAAAGAUACUCGGGCCGAAGCCUUUUCACAUUCAGCUUCUUUUGAUGAACCUGGACAUGAUAUUUCCUCUUUGUUACUCCGUAAGACAUCAAGUGGCAACAUAUCAACAAAUGCUGUCUCCACAGAUAGUUUUCUGCCUGAUGUUCCUAUACAGUUUGAUUUGAUGUCUCCAUCGAAUGAGAAUUUUCCUGUUUUAGAUGAAGAUGGGCAAUUGAAACGCAUCAAUCCAUUUGACCAGAUGCCAUCACAAGUGCUAACUAGUCGUGUGGAUAAUGAAUCUCAUUUUAGUAAAACAUUAGUUGUCCGGUUUAUAGGAUCCAUGGAAGUUCCUCAAGACAGAGGAGAAGCUCUGGUGACAAAAACAAUGCGUCACAUCAUGGCAGCACGGGCCAUUCACAAUGUUUUAAAGAUGACACAAUCAGAAAUGAUUGUCUCUGAUUCGUCCCUCAGAUUGGUUGAUUCGGCAACAAACAAUAUUCGUACAACUUUUGCUCUUGGUGAUAUUUCUUAUUGGUGUGGACAUAAGGAGAAUGAUAGACUUCUUGGUUUCAUUACGGUGAACAGGGAACAAGGUUCCUCUUCAUACACUUGCCAUGUGUUUGAGUCGAAUACUCCUGCAUCUGAAAUUUGUCAGAUUAUAGGAACAGCAAAAACAAUGGCUUUUGAAGCUCUUAUGAAAAGGAAUAUGGAAAAGAAAAAGAAGCAAGAAAAUCAGCUUUUGUUGAGUAAUAUUUCCAAAUUAGAUAACAAGAGUCCUGGAACUGACUCUCCUCCUGGCAUUACUCCUGAUGGUAAAUAUUUAAUACUCACAGAUGUUCAUGUGUCAUCUACGGAGUCUGAACAAGAUGUCUUUGAUGGAGCCUCUGCAGUAGCAGCGGCGGCGGCAGCGGCAAGAAGUAAAAAAGAAUCAGAAGCAUAA